AUGCCCUUGCCCCAUUUCACCAUAGCAGCACCUCCACCAGCACCCGCACCCGCACCCGCGACCUUGACCUCGACCUCGUCCAAGACCCCGACCUCGUCCAACAACCCUGGGUCUCGGUCAGCCCCCGACAUCUCCUCUGCCCGGACGCCGCCCGCGAACGUCACCACUUUUGCUGGCUCUUCCUCAUACACGUCGCCGUCGCCGCGAACACGGCUGCCGGACCGGGACUUUAUCAGCCCCGGUUUACGGAACCCCUAUCCCCAGGGGCAGACACCCGACCGACCUCCGCCACCGCAACAACACUCCGAGCGCUUUGGUACUGUUACUGUGCCCAGCGCCGCCGAACAUCAUAAACCGACCUUCAGCCCUUUUCCGUCUGACAUCCUUCCACCCUCCAAGGUCUCGACCGACUCGCGACCGUCCACAGACGUUAUAGAAUCGUUCAAUGAGCCGCAACUUCACGGCUCUUUAUCUCCAGGCUCGAACAAAGGACUACAACCACCGUCGCAUAAGCGAGGUCAUUCGCGAUCUGGUAGCUCAAGCAGCCUAGGCGAGCGUCUUAGGAAUCUCAAUCGUUGGUCUGCCUCGUCCGCGUCAAGCAAAGGGUCAAACGGUGGUGGUUCCAGUUGGCGCAUUGGGAAGGAUAGUGGAAAAGCGAGGGAAGAUUCACCUGGUCAAAAGUCACCCAAACGCCGACCCUCGACGUCAGAAAUCUCUCCGCGCUCUGUUAGCCACCUCCGAGGCCGCAGUGAUUCACCCCUGCUUCAUCCGGUUCCGCCCUUACCUAGCCUGCCGCGAAUUUCGGCCGGGCCGUCUUUGGAAGAGGAAUUUCGACACCAGGCGAGUGAAAUUGGGAGGCAAUCACCGGUACCACCCAGGCGGUAUUAUCUCAGGCCGCCUCCUGACGACAACACCACGUUCUGGGAUGGUGCUCCGCAGAUACUCGAAGACACACCAGGAUCGUUGCCACGGUCACACCAAGCAGAGGGGCUGCUACCUCCUGCCGAAUUCGCGCCGGACCAUAUGAUGCCCCAUACACACAAAACGGCGACCCCCGAGGUCAAUCGCGAGGGAGAUCGCGAUCGCAACCGCUCCGAGAAGCCUCAUCGGUCGCAAAAGGCAAUGCUAUCUGAGGCGCUUACUAAGGCUAACGCCGCAGUUCAGCUUGACAAUGCGCAAGCCUUUGAGGAGGCUAGGCUGGCUUACACGGAAGCUUGCCACCUAUUACAGGAUGUGUUGCGGCGAACUUCUACCGAGGAGGAUCGCAGGAAGCUAGAAGCUAUUCACCAAACAUACGUGGGGAGAAUUGACGAACUUAACGAAAUCAUCGGUAACGUUCUGGAUGAGAGGGCACGCUCGCAGGAUCCCCGAAGCUAUGAUGAGGGAUCAUAUCUGCGUGCUCAGGCUUACCAUGCAGAAGUGUCUGAUGACGAGCCAAUGCUCUCGACCUACACUCGGGAACGUAGUCGUACUCGGGAGCCUAAUCUGUCUGUCCAGACUCAGUUCAGGCGACAACCACCCCCCGGUAGACCGCCGGUACCACCCACGUUAACUCUCCAGACCCCAGGAGGUUCCAAUGGCCCUACUUCCUACCUUACCGAGCAAUUAACGUUACAGUCUGCAUUUUCUAAGGCGCGACAGCCCUCGAGCCUUCGGCCACCGAUGGAUAAUGCUUAUAUGCCGCCGCCACUAUCACCUCGCAGACCUUUAUCACCCGCUCAGCCGCCACCACCUCCACCUGCGCCAGAGAAAGAUGUCCCGCGACAGCAAGUGUUCCGCUCUGAUUAUUCGAUGUCUGGCGCUCAGGCCCCUCCGAGGAAUUAUACCAAUAAUAAUGGACAUCAGAGGGAUCCUAGUCACGAGUCGAUAUCAUGGUUAGAUCCCAUCGAGGAAUCCGGCGGAUCUAGCUCGUCUUCGGUACACUCGCGAUCGUCAUCGACAGGAGUACGGAGGAAGCAUAUUCGGGCGCCCAGUGGGGAUACGGAAGCCGAGUUUGAUGCUGCAUUGGACGAUGCUAUAGAAGCCGCCUACGACGAAGGAUUUGAACCGGAGCAGGAGUAUUACAGAGAGGGUCCCCACACUGCUGCGGGAAGCUCAUACAAUCGAAGAGACCGGCCACGGGACGAGGAAAGGGAUGCACUUGAGUUGGCGAACGAGAGGGAAAGGAAACUACGACUACAACAACAGUUGGAGGACGAGGAGUACCGAAAGAGAGGCUGGACAGGGCAUGACGACUUUUACGACGAGGGCAAUGAUUCGGAAGAGGAGGAACGGUUCUUGGAGGAGAUGACCAAUGGGUACCAGAUCGAGGACUUUGCGUUUGGGCAUGGAAAGAAGCAGCUGGUUCCUCGAGAAUCUGAUUCCAGCGGGGUAACGAAUCGCACAUGGCACAGCUCUACAGGGUCCAACCAAAACACUUCGACCACGUUGCUUACUACGGUGAGCGAGAGCCCGAGUCGUCCGGAACCCAAGGGGCCGUUACCCCCAUUACCGCCUCCGCCAGCGGGUGCGUUGCCUCAGCUACCUAGUCGGCCACCAGGAACUUCAGGAUCAGAGGCUUCGAGUCAGAGUGUGAGACAGCGACGUCUCUCUGGCCAAAACAUGAAGCAGCUGAAGAUCGAGACCAUGAAGCUUACUCAGCCGGGACCAACUACGGCCGGGCCUGCAUUCCCACCACAGCAAGCACGAUCGAACAAUUACAUUGUGCAACAAAGGCAAGCCUUGUCUGCCGGUCCUCACCGGACAGCUAACCCUCUUGCUGCUCGGCGAGUGGUGUCUCCAUCCCCUGGGGAAGGGGGAGCUCCUCCCCUGCCGACGAGUCACUUGCAGGACGACCACCCGCCUCGCUCAGGUUCUCCCUCGAUUGGUCGACCGGGUCUGAGGAAGAACUUUUCUUCAUCAAGCUUGCGGAGUGCAAAGUCACAUCGCAAUCUCUCUGUAUCGCAUAUUGAUGAUGUAUCGGAUAUGUCUCCUGGCACUCCAGUGAACACUCAAUUUGGCCAACACAUAAAUGGCUCAACAACACGCCUGCCCACGAUUCCGUCCAUGCCGACACCGUUGGCUGGAACGUUCCGAGAAAGGUCGGACACAGCUGUCGGAACAGCGGGCAUGUAUCUGUUUGAUGCCGAGUUCCACUCGGCCAACGACCCUGGAUCACCGAACGGCAUGCUCGCCGAUGCGCCUGCGCCUCUUGAGCCUUGCCCGAGCGAUGUUCUGCUACGGCCGUUCUGGCUCAUGCGCUGUCUGUACCAGACGCUCUGCCACCCACGCGGAGGGUACAUCAGCAACAAGCUAUUUGUCCCACGGGACGUGUGGAGAGUGAAGGGUGUCAAACUCAAGUACAUCGAAGAGAAAAUCUCACAGUGUGAUCUGAUGACUGCCGCGCUACAGAAACUGGCCAGGGUAGACACCUGCGACGCGGACGCCGUGCUGGAGGAAAUGCAGGCUCUCGAAACGGUAAUUGAGACUGUAGAGAAGUUCCUGGUCAAGAAGCUCGGCGCCAGCGAAGUUGGUCCCCACGCCACCUCGUUUAAGGACCCAGUGCAUGCGGAAGAUGGGUCCCUGCCACGGUCCACCAGCGUGAGCGCCAAGACGAGUGCCUUCUCGUGGAGGAGACUACGCAGCAAGAACAGCUCGGCGAACUUGGUCAGUCUGGGCAAGGGCAGCAGCAGUGCAGGUGGGACGAGUGGUAGUGUGGCAUCGACACCCAUCGAGGGAACAGGGAAGGAUAUCAUCUGCCCUAGUCUCCCGAUGACGACGCAUCCGACGAACCGACCGAUGAAGAGAGACGUGGGGAACGUGCUAUUCCAGGGGCCGAAUGCGAAUUACAUGAGCUCGUUGGCGAGAUUGUUUGAUGCGGCUCAGUUGGUUGACCAAAUCGCUCGCCAAGUCGAAGACCCAGGCCUCCGGCACGCAGACAAGACGCAGGUGGGACUCGAGCUCAGCACUAGGCAUGCGGCGGAAUUCUUUGCGCUUUAUAUUUGUCGGUUCGUCUUGUCGGAUCUCACGCUGAUGCUGGACAAGUUCCUCAAGAGAGGAAGCGAGUGGGUACUUGUUUAG